UAAAACCGGAAUUGAUUUCAGUAGCAGGAACUUUUCUUAGGCUUACACCGUUAAUUUCCUAUAAUUGACUUUCACUGUACUUGUAUAAAGAAAGAAAAAAACAAACAGAAAGAACGAAAAAUAAUAAUAAAGAAAACGACGAUUCUAACUAGAAGCUUUGACGUUCAGCUAUUGUGGACUGUACCUCGGCAACUGACCUACAGAUAUUUCAAUUGCACAAAAGAAGAAAGAAAAUUCUUGACCGUUUCUCUUCAGAAUUCUUGUAUCAAAUAACAAUCUGCUUCCUGCAAAUAAUUGUUGGUUAAUGUGUGCCAUUCGAGUGCAGUAGACAAAAUUGCUAUGAUGCAGCACCACCACAUUUGGAUAGCAGACAAUGGAUAAACUAUGUCAGUUGAGUUUGCAAAUGGUUCACAAUCCUACCCUACUCUUCUAAUCAUGUUACAUCUGAAAUAAUUUAGUGCUGUUGUUUACAAGUAUUCAAGCUAGCAAUCUAUUUCACUUCAACAGUUGUGGGUGGACUCCUUCAAAGUUCAUCAUUUGUAUAUAUACAUAAAUAUUUUGUGUCUACCUUAAUUUAUGUUCUUCUGUCAUCGUAAAUUAUAGUAACAAGCUGACAUUUUUUACAUUUUUUUUAUUAUUUAUUACCUUCUCCAAUGUUUUUUUUUUUUUUAUUAAAACCUCUUUUACAAAAGGUUUAGCAAAUACUCUAUUUUAUUUAUAACUUAUUCUAUUUAGAAUUAAAAAUAAAAAAAAAUAUUCUUCAACUGCUCAUUAAAUAAAGCACUUGAAAGUAAGUUUGCAAAUCAAAAGAAACAAAACAAAACAAAUAGUCUCUCUCUCUCUCUUUCUCUCUGCUUGUCUGUGCAAUAAACAAAAUUGAUCUCAAUAAAAUCUGGAAACAUAACUCCUACUUAAAUACGCCUAUGUUACUACCCCAGGAUUUUAACGAGAUAUUUUAUGAUUGAUCAAACUCACAAAGCUAUUUCAAACAACUGAUUCAGUAUCCUAAAAAUCCCGUCGAUACAUCAUUACAAAGAACAAAACUAAAUCUAUUUAUUUAUAUAUGUGUUUUAUCAAUUCCCUUGAACAUUUAAAGAACAGUAUUAUCUUUUUUUUUUUCAUAAUAUUUUAAAUUUUCAACUAUUUAUAAUCAAUUCCCCAGUUUAUUUUUCAAGCUUAUUUUCAAGUUUAUACUAGUAGUUUGUUAAUUAUAUUUUCUUUGCAAAUUAACAAGCAGGCUUAUUAAUUUCUCAUUGUCAGUUUAUUUGACAGACAGCACUUCAUUAAAAUUCAUACAACUGUUGUGAAUAUUUUCCUCUUCCCUUCUAAAACUGGCAGAUUUAACUGGACAACAGACAUAGUCAUUGUGCAAUAAUAAUUGAGAUUCUAGCUUGUUUUGUAAACGCCACCACCAUCACCACUGUCAUCAUUGUCAUAGCUUCCCCACCAUUAGAAGCCACAGAACUACCAUAAUCAUCGUAUAGAGAAGAACCUUUAAUUUAUUAUUACCUUCAUCAUGGAAGAAGCCAAUUCAGUAUUCACCCAAUACGUCGACGUGGGCAAGAUAACCGAUUUCAAUACCAAAGUCAACUCCUUAACGGCUAAUCAGUCUUCGUCGCCCAUCCGAAUGCCAAGUUCUUCUGAAGAGGAACUGCGACAGUUGCUUAACUUGCGGGACAGAAAACCUCUGAAAUUAUUUCUCAGGUCAAAUCAUUGGCCAGUUGACCACCCUUUACGAAAGACCCUCUGGCCACUUCUCUGCUCAAACUUACACAAGACGCACAGCAGCAUUUAUGAGGAAAUGAAAGAACAGUUGUUUGGAAACGAGACCAAAAACCAUGUUCCUGUAUCAGUCUUAGGAGACCACAAAAUUUCCACACCAUAUUUCUUAAACAACUUAGGCUUGGAAGAAGUUGAAAAGAUUUUGGGAAUCAUUUCCCAUACGAAUCCUGAUAUUUCCUACUGUCCAGUGCUCCAAUGUUUGGUCAGUGUUCUUCUUCAUUACAUGGAACCAUCGGAUUGUUUUAAUACCGUUUACAAUUUGUUCCGCAGCAAGGCCCAGUUUUACUUACCCAUGAAUAAAUCAUCCCAUAACGCAAUCAAACUGGUCAUGCGUGACCUUUCAAAGAAAUAUGCAAGAUCUGCUCAUAGUUAUAUCCAGCGGCACAGUAAAUCUACAGAAACUGUAUUUCAUGACUGGCUUUGGUGGAUUUUCAGAGACUUACCAUUCCAUUUUCUGGUGAAAGUAAUUGAUUGCUACCUGCUGGAAGGAUACAAGGUAUUUUAUAGAGUGUCCAUUGUAUUACUAACACUCUUCUCCAAACAAUCAGGAAAACAGCCUCUAUCUGCUAACCACACCAUUCAACAAGCUGUUCAACAUUCUAUAGAAAAUCUGUCUAUUCGUGUGGAUAAAUUCAGCAAGUUAAUCUUUGGAAUACGAGGACUUAACAGAAGAGAGAUAAGAAAAUUUCUUGUGAAAAACGAAAUGCUUGUUAAAAGUCGUGCCAAAGCCCUCAAUACAUCUUUGUCGAGCUGGUCACUCGGAGCAGAACCCCAAGACGGUGCUAGUACAUCAAAAAACUUCAUGGGAACUGUCAUACAGUCUCCUUCUUCUUCUGUUCUCAGUCUAGACAACGCCCAUAAACGACGGUCUAUGUCUGUUGGCAUGGUUACCCUACCAACAAUCAACUGUCAUUCUAUACCGCAGGCUGAUUUCUAUGUUAUUUGGAGUUGGUUGCCAGCUCGAUCAGCUGUUUGUCAGCCUAAACUGCUCUACACAUCAGAAGAACAUGGCGUGAGCUUAAGGACGCUUUAUGUUAUGACAGAAGAAUACGAACCAACAAUCAUUGUCAUAAAGACUUUAACUGAUGAGAUAUUUGGUGCAUUCUGUUCUAGCAGUUGGUCUAACCGUAAGCAGAGCAGCAAAAAUAUUUCUUAUUUUGGAACUGGUGAGACUUUCCUCUUUACAUUAAAACCAGAGCAGAAGAAGUUCCCUUGGAUUGGUUACAGUCGACCAGACAUUUCUCGGAAUGCUGCUAGCAUGUUUAUGGCUGGAGAUAGUUCAGUUCUCAUCAUUGGAGGAGGAGGAGGUACUGCCAUUAUGCUUGACGAGAACCUACUUCGCUGUCGUACAGAAGAAACCGAAACGUUUGGCAAUCCACCUUUAUGCUCUAGCAAAGAUUUUGAAUGUAAAGUAGUUGAGAUAUUUGGCUUCGAGUGAACCUAAUUGCUGGUAUUUCUGUGAAAGGUGUUCGAACUGUAGAAAAGAAAAGAAAAAAAAACCUAUGUAUUGUAGUUUACCUUGGAAUAAGUUACCGUUGGAAUAAGUAUGUCACGUACGGAACUAUGAAAAUGAGGGAGAGAAAAAGUAAAGAACAUUCUUUCGCUUUAAGGAAUUAUUUAUAUAUAUAUAUUGUUUUUAACAAUCCAUAAAACUCGUUUCAAAAUGUAUUAAUUGGUCUGAAAGUUUGAUUUGUGAGUGACGAUUCCCUUAAAGGUUUUUUUUUUUUGUUUUUUUUUAGAAUUCAAUGAAUCCAAUUUAAUUGAUUUGAUAUUCUUCUCAACUGUCUGUGAUGUUACCUCCUCUUUACACUAUAACAAUGAGAACCCCUCUCACCUCCCAUCCGUGAUGUGUUCGCAUUUUAGAUGUGCUUAUUGUGCAAUUAUUUAUUAUUUUAAUUUUUUUUUUAACCCUACUUUCUAAUUGAAUGAAACUUGAAUUUGGAAGUAACACACAUACAACCAGCCCUAUUUUUGAAAUUUAUGGAUUUUUUUUUUUAACAAGUAAUAUUAUAUUCACCUUUCUUACUUCAUGGUUUUAUCUUAAUUUAUCCUCAAUGUUUUAUCUUUUUUUUUUUUUUUUUGUCAAAAAAUAAUUUUAUCCUCAUUGACUCCCUGCUUACCAUUUCUCCUAAUAUACAACUGUUAGGAAUUGCUUUUAGUUUUUGUUAUUGUUCCUCUAAAUUCUAAGAAUAAAUAUUUGUAAGAGGAAAACAAAACAUCCUAGCUUCAUUUUUUUUUAAUACAAAUGUUAGCAUUAAUUUAUAAGUAUUAUUAGUACAUUACAAUACCAAUAGAACGAGAAGUGAGGUUAGCUGUGUGUGACAGUGACAAAGUGAAGCUGCUUUCUGAAAUUCUAUGGUCAAUGUGAAAAACAAAAAUCAAAAGAGUUCUACUGCUGGUUUCUAGAAAUCUUCAGACUUUCAUUCUCUUAAUGUAGUAUUUACAUAGAAUUUCUGUCUGAGGGUUAGCAAAAAUCUAGUGGCAGAUACCCAUUUCAAAGACUGAAACUUCCUUGGAUAUUUUAGAUUCAUAUUACUUGUUUUGUUGGCAUUAGUUUUGUUUUUACAUGCUAGUUGGAGUUGGUUCAGAGCCUGGGUAGAAAAUGGUAGCUAAAUAGUGUUUUUGAUUCAGGCAUAUUUAUAUUCUCAACUGCAGGCAUUGCAUUGCUUCUUGACUCUACAUUACCCAUCUAAGAAUUCAGUGUUUUUACAAUUUAAAAAAAAUAAAGUAAGAAAGCAGUGGAUGAUAAUUUUGGAUGACUUAAUACAUUUUAUGGUAUUUUAUUAUUUUAAUUUUGUAUUUUUUUAUAUUUGCAAUUGUUGAACAUUAGCAUCAUUGGUUACUGGUUUCCAGCAGGUUAAUUAAUCACUGGUUCACAGCAUUUGUGACUGGGGGUGACAAGGGAGUGUUUGUAACUCAAUGCAGAAUAUUGCCAAGGUAUAUGCACACAAACGUCUUCUGCACAGUAUUUGUUAGUCAAAUCUCAUUCACAUAUUAUUGGUCAGACUGAGCCGAUUGUUGAAGAUAUUGCCCUCGUAUGCAGCACACAUUGGGGCCCGUAUCCAGAACCACAUGGCUGCGAAAUUCUCUUAACUAUGCAGUCUUACCUGUAGACCCCAUUCAUUUCAAAUCCCACUGAAAUUGACUUUGAGGAGGUGGAAGACA